AUGGAGGUGCAAGAAGUUAACUCCACCGAUGUCACUGAGUUCCUUAUACUUGGAUUCCCGUCUCUCAAUCAUUACAAGUUGACUUUCUUCUCUAUUGUUCUUUUCAUGUAUUGUAUGACUAUGCGUGAAAACCUUUUGGUCAUUUUCUUGGUGUCCACAAGCCAACGUCUCCAUUCUCCGAUGUAUUUCUUCCUUGGACAUUUGGCUCUGGCAGACAUAUUCCUUGUCACAAUUGUUGUUCCUAAGAUGCUGGAUGUUAUCAUAAGGGAAGGGAGUGUUACACCUUUUGCUGAGUGUCUCAUAGAGUUUUACCUCUAUGGUGGAACAGUUUGUACCGAGUGUUUUUUGCUCACAGCCAUGUCCUAUGACCAGUACUUGGCCAUCUGUAAACCGCUACAUUAUGUCUCAAUGAUGAGUGUCCAGCUUAGAUACAUCCUGGUCAUCUCCUCCUGGGCGCUCAGCUUUAUGUCAGUGCUUAUGACAUUGUUAUUCAUAUUAAACUUAGACUUCUGUGGGCCGAACGCAAUCGACCAUUUCUUCUGUGAUUAUGCUCCUUUAUCAGAACUUUCUUGCUCAGACACCACAGCUGUGGGUAUAGAGAUGCUUGUCCUCACUUUUACAAUAAUUCUGUUCCCGUUUCUUUUAGUCAUAAUAUCGUAUGUCUGUAUCUUUAUCACCAUUUUUGGAAUUUCCUCCAUAUCAGGCCAGCAAACAACAUUCUCCACCUGUAGCGCUCACCUGAUAGUUGUUUCUACCUACUAUGGGUCCAUGCUCAUAAUCUACAUGGUCCUGUACAGAGGACAUUCUGUGCCUAUUAAUAAGUUCAUUUCCCUUGUCUACAUUUUACUAAACGCCCUUCUUAACCCUAUUAUAUACAGUCUAAGAAACCAAGAGAUUUGGUCUUCUGUAAUUACAUAUCUAAGGGUUUGUGAUAAGAAAAGAGACUUGUAA